AUGGGCUCUAACAUCAACCUGCGGGUGCCAGUGGAUGAGGGUGAAGAGAUUACGGCUCAAGCGCAUAGCCUUGCACGGGAUGCAACAAUGGAGAACAAGGAAUCCGAUCCCCCAUCAUGGUCGAAGGUCCAGCUCCGAGUAUCAGUGUUGCGAUGGACUUUUGAACACCGGAAAGACAUUUUCCCACGGUCAACCACAGGCCGGUUCACCAGUUGGAUUCAGCACCCCCAGGAUCUCAAACGAAGAUCUCAACUUCGUACGGGACACGCCAAGCUCAACGGACAUCUUCAUCGAAUCGGCCAAAGCGAUAGCAACAUAUGCGCGUGUGAUAUCGAACGUGAGACGCAUCGCACUUCUUGUUAUCUUGCGCGCGAUGGAGUGAACAGCGUCGCACCCCUAUUGAGGCAGCUGGUUCCAACUUAG